GUACUUUAAGCUCUAAAGAUAAUACAAAGGUCUCAUAAAAUCCUAACUAAAAUAGUGUAGGUAAUUAUUUAGACUCUUAACAUUUGAAUUUAUUAGUCGGAGUUUAAUUAUAUUCCUAUCAUUAUGAUGUAUAUGGCACAAUUCCUACUAGUGAUCUCGCUGAUUAUAAUUAAUAUAAAUUAUAAUCUGUCUUUGAAUUGCUACUCAUGCUUACUAUGUCCAGAUCCUUUCGAUCCUUCAUCACGACUGGUACACAAUGAUAGUAAUUGUCAAUGGUGUGCAAAACUUGAAGUUCCACAUUAUUUUAAUCCAAUCAGACAAUGUACACCUAAAUGUGACUUUGAAUAUUUCAGUGAAACAUACCCUAAACUUACUUAUCAUUGUUGUCAAAAUAAUUAUUGUAAUAAAAGUAUUAAAAAAAAUCCAAUAAUAAUUCAUCAUAUACUACUAAUAACUAUCAUCAUUAUUUAUUUGUUUCAUUAUUUAUAAAAAUUGAUGCAACAAAAAAACUCAACAGUACAAUGUUCAAAUCAAAAUAUCUCCAUAAAUUCACAAUCUAAUUUUUAUAUAAUUAAUCAUGUGAAAAACAAAAAACUGUGAUUUCUUUAUUUAAAGAUGAGCAAACAAAAUUUUUUCUAUUUCGUUUUUCUCUUUUUUUUUCUUUUUUUUUAGGAUUCACUAAUUUAUUUUAUUUCAGCUUAUGUUUUAGAAAAAUAAUAAAUUCCAUGUUUAUUUUUAUAUUUUUUAUAUUGAAUAAUUUACCAUUUAGAGGGAUUACAUAAUACACGGAACAAUCAAUAUCACUGGGUUUUAGUAUCAGGCAAAAAUUCAAUUGCAAAAACGUUAAGUUCAAGGAAGUGAAAUAAUGAAGAACGCUAUUAUUUUCCAGUUCCACAUUUCAGCAAUCUAUUAUCGCAAUCAUGAUGAAGAUACUUCUUUAAAUUUUGCGAUCCUCUAACUAUAAGAAAUCAAGUCUGUCUUUAAGCUGCUAUGAAUGCAAUCCUUGUCCAGUUCCAUUCAGGAAUUCUUCAGUGAGAAUAGGACAUAAUUGUAGAUGGUGUGCAACGCUCUCGGUAGAACACUACCCAACUCCAAUUAGAGAAUGUGCACCUGAGUGCAGCUUUGCGUAUUGGGGUCCAACAUACAAAUCAUUGUCUUAUGAUUGUUGUCAAACUGACUAUUGUAAUAAGAGUGUACAGACACGUAUAGUUCAUCAUAUGUUGACUGUGAUAGUCAUAACACUCACUUGUUUCUUCAGAGUUAAGAUGCAGUGAAACUGAACAAUCAUUAUAAUCUACGCAAAUCGACUGUUUUUAUUUUUAUCUUGCUUUCUAUGUUUUAUAGAUUCAGCCGUAUAUUAAGCAUGGGCAUUAUUUUGUAACUUAUAAACGAGAAAUAUUAAUUUUUUUUGAAUUUCUGCAAUUCAUUGACACUUUAGUUUCAUUCUGUUUUGUAUUGAAAGUAAUACUGUAAUAAAACGAACCAAUUUCUUGUUUAAUUUCACAUUUCCGUUUUAAACAUUUUGUUAACGAAUUAAGAAUGACGGGUAGUACAUGUAGGCUAAAUUUGAUUAAUUAACUGACAUCAGCUGACUGCUAUUUCGAGAUACAGUCAAAUUACACUCUCAGAUCAUAAUGGCUUUAUACUAGAACUAACAGUUUACUCAAAACAUGAAGUUUAUUCAGCAAACAAGUGAGAUAUAUAAAACUAUGUAACCACGUAUGAGAAAAAUGAAAAUUUCCAACAUGAACAUCAGUUGGAUGUUGUUCGAUCACUGUUACAUUAACCAUGACAAAUUAAACAGUUCUCGGUAAAACUUUAGUCAUUUAUAUGUAUUGUUAUUGAAUCUGUUCACAUUCUAGUCUUUUUUCAUAUCUUUGAUUUCUCACAUUUUACUAACAAAACUGAAUUCGGAGUGAGAAAAACAGUUUGAAAGUAUCUUAUAUAUAAGAUGGAACAAAAUAAAUUUAUCACAGCUAGCUACCUUUUAGUCAGUUAACUGUUGGGAUAAACUGGUUUCUUUUGGACAUAUUUCGGUGAAAAUUAAAAGCUACGAUUUUUCAUACAGAAAUGUUAACAUGAAUCGGUGAAAUAAACGGAGUGAGACUACUAUUGGUUAUUAAUUAUAUGGACUAAUCAUAUAAUCUUCCGGUCAGUGGAGGUAUUUGUCAGUUACAUCAGUAAUUGAACCAACUAUUAUACUCUAGUGGAUCAAUUAUCAUUCAUCAACUUCUUUUAAACUUCACCCCUCAAGACUAAACAAUUCAGGCUUUCGUAUUCCUUAACACUUUCCAUAUUAUUCAACUGCUAAUAUGAGCCUGAAUACUGGUCAAUGAUAAAUUGAUACUUCCAUGCCCAGAUAUCUAAUCCCGUUAUUUUACGCAAAUGAUGCUUUAAAAAAUAAGCGUUAUCAGUAUGAAUAGUAGAUAAAUGGAAAUAGAGUAAUUUCAACACAAGUUGACGAAUGAUAAAACUACUCGAAGGUCACUUAUUUAUAAACGCUGAAAUAACAAUUCGACCGUAUAUAGUCGCAAUUUUUCGAAGGUUAUCUAGUCUGCUGAUAGUCUAAUGAGUAGUAAGACAUAGAUUUUAAACAAUCUCAAUACUGUUUUUUAUUCUAAUUAGUCACAUAAAUAUUGACGUUUAGCCUGAAUGAGUGGUUUAUCGGAAUCGCAUCGUCAUCAACAUAACUAUUUACGAAUUUUAUACUCCACAUUAUUCAUUUGAUUAACAUAGAAAAUUAAAUCAACCUUUCCGGUUUCAAAUUACAGUUACAGGUGUUUCGAUUGGUUGUUUACCGAUGUACCUCGAAAGUAAGGUUAGUUUGAGACGAGUCUAUCAAUGUACUGAGAUUUACACGAUUUUCAGUAGACUUUCGAAUUCAAUCAACUAAGUAGCAGCCACAAUCAUUGUGCGUUUAACUAGUCAGUUUAUUGAUCAUAACCAUUCUCUUAGCGUGUAAGUUCUUGUCAAUAGUUCACCUUCAUAUCUCUGGAAACAUUUUCUGCAUGUUAUAUAGAGCCAGACAAUGUAACUAAUACUUACCGGUCUAGACCUCAGAAAAGACUAAUGAUAAAACUAGCAUUCUUCAUUGUUAAUAAAACUUCAUACCAAAAAAACUGACAAACUGAAACUGUGAAAUAUCCUUCAGAUCAACUCAGAUGGUCAUUCGAUGUAUCAGGUUCAACCCCAUGGAUCUGAAUAGUUCUCAUUGUAAAUGAUAGAACCAGUUCUUGAGCCGAUGUCAAUGACCAUUGAAUGUCAGUUUGAUUUGCAUUAUACCUCAGUAAAUUGUUUUAUUGAAUGAGUGGACAAAUUUACAAUCAAUUUACUUGACACGUUGC